CGGGCGGGCGGGUCCCCAGCCUAGGAAAACCCCGCGCGGCGCGGGCCAGGGCCGGCAGCCCAGUGUCGCCUCUUCCCGCUUGGGCGCCGGAACAGCGAAUGGAGCAGGGGCGCACAGGCGCCCUGGCAUCUCCCCAUGGGGUGGCUUUGCUCCCACCCCCUGUCCCCUGUGAGCUGCUUGAUCCUGGUGUGGGUGACAGUCGUUGGGAGCAUGAGGGUCCUGCGUGAGCCCACCUGCUUCUCGGAUUACAUCAGCGUCUCCACCUGCGAGUGGCAGCUGGACAGUCCCCUCAAUUGCAGCGCGGAGCUCCAUCUGUCCUACUGGCUGGAUUUCGAAUUCUCCGAGAACCGCACGUGCAUCCCCGAGAACAGCGCAGGCGCAACGUGCGUGUGCAUCAUGCCCAUGGACGACCUGGUCAAAGUCGACACCUACCAGCUGGUCCUGUGGGCCGGGAGGCAGCAGGUGUGGCAUGGCCUCUUCAAGCCCAGCGACCACGUGAAACCCAGGGCGCCCGAGAACCUCACGGUUCACACCAGCGACCACGACACGAAGCUGCUGACGUGGAGCAAUCCGUACCCUCCAGGGAGCACCCUGUACAAGGAGCUCACCUACCUGGUCAACAUUUCGAAUGAAAACGACCCUGCGGAGUUCAUCAUCUACAAUGUGACCUACAUGGAACCCACUCUCCGCCUCGCAGCCAGCACCCUGAAGUCCGGGGUCUCCUACAAGGUGCGGGUGAGAGCCUGGACCGAGAGCUACAACGGCACCUGGAGCGAUUGGAGCCCCAGCGCUCAGUGGCACAACUAUUACCAGCCGCCUCUGGUGCAGCGCCUGCCGAUGGGCGUGGGCAUCUCCUGCCUGGUCAUCAUGGCCAUCUGCCUGUCCUGCUAUUACAGCGUCACCAAGAUCAAGAAAGAGUGGUGGGACCAGAUCCCCAACCCGGCCCGCAGCCCCCUCAUGGCCAUCGUCAUCCAGGACUCCCAGGUGUCGCUGUGGGAGAGGCGGCCCCCGGCCCAGGAACCAACCAAGUGCCCACACUGGAAGACGUGCCUGGCCAAGCUGCUGCCCUGUUUGCUGGAGCAUGACGUGAAGAGGGACGAGGAGCCCAAGGCUGCAGCGGGCGGGCCUCUCCCGGGCCCUGAGAAGCCCACGUGGCGCCCCGUGGUCCUCUGGCCGGAGAACAUCAGCGUGGCCCCGUGCGUGGAGCUGCUGGAGGCCCCGGUGGAGCGUGGGGAGGAGGCGGAGGAGGAGGAGAAGGCCAGCGUCUGCCCAUCACCCGAGCACAGCGGGGGCUUCCAGGGGGGCUGCGAGGGCAUCAUGGUCAGGCUGACAGAGAGCCUGUUUCUGGACCUUCUGGGAGCACAGGAUGGCGGCUGUCACCAGCGGGGCUCGGGGGACUUGUGCUGCCUCCCACCUCCAGGAGGGGACAGUGCCCUCCCCAGCGUGGGGCCUGAGGGGGCUGCUUCUGAGGACAAGGGGCCACCUUUCCACCCAGAGCCAGCUCCUCCGGCCAGUACCAGCCAGGGCCCGGCCAGCCCGGGCUGCUCCGAGGGGACCCUGGUCGUCGCAGACAACCCUGCCUACCGCAGCCUGCAGAGCCAGGCCCUGGGCCCCGCGGCGCUGGACCCAGACGCACAGCUGGCUGGGUGCCCUGCCUCCCAGGGGCCCCGUGUCCCCCGGCCCCCAGAGCCCCCCACCGAGCUCCAGCCCGAGCCGGAAACCUGGGAGCAGAUCCUUCGCCAGAGCGUCCUGCAGCACCGGGCGGCCACGGUGCCCGCCUCGGCCCCCAGCAGCGGCUACCGGGAGCUCGCGCAGGCGGUGGGGCAGGGCGGCGCCCAGGACAGCAGCGGGGCGGGCCCCGGCCCCUCUGGAGAAGCCGGGUACAGGGCCUUCUCCAGCCUGCUCACUCCCAGUGCCCCCUGCACGGGGACAGCAGGACUUGGGGCUGGCAGCGGGGACCGGGGCUACAAGCCCUUCCACAACCUCGUUCCUGGCUUCCCCGGGGACCUGGCUCCGCUAACCGUGCCCCUGUUCACCUUUGGACUGGACAUGGAGCCACCGCACGGCCCCCAAAACUCACUCCUCCCAAGCCCCCUCUUCGGGCAGCUGGGCCUCGAGCCGGAGGUCAAGGGAGAGGACGGGCAGAAGCCCCUGCUACCCCCAGACCCCCUCAGGGAUGACCUGGGCAGUGGCAUUGUCUACUCAGCCCUCACCUGCCACCUGUGUGGCCACCUGAAGCAGCACCAAGGCCAGGAGGGGGGUGGCCAGGCCCACGUGGUGGCCGGCCCCUGCUGUGGCUGCCAUUGUGGAGACAGGUCGUCACCCCCAGGGAGCCCCAUGGGGGCCUUGGACCCCAGGCCAGGUGGGCUCCCUCUGGAGGCCCACCUCGCUCCAGCACCCCAGGGACCCUUGGGUGCCUUAGAGGAGAGCAAGUCCUCACUGUCCUUCCAGUCCGCAUGCCCGGCCCCCUGCAGUGCUCCAAGCUCAAGUGAGACCCCCAGAGUGGCCCUGGUCUCCACGGGCCCCUCCUCCUGAGGCUUUCCUGGGUCUCUGCCCUCGGGAUGUAGAGUCUGUGGGUUGGAUCUGGGCCGACCCCUGCCUGGGAAAUGCUGCCCGGGGGCAGCCCAGCGGGCAGAUUACCAGAGCUUCCUGCCAGAGCUCUGUGGAAGGAAGCCGUGAACUUGGCCUAACUGAGGCUGCAGAGACGGACCCUUCCCCGGGCACCGUCUGGACUCAGCACAUGCACUGAGUGGAAGGCCCGGGGCAGCUGUCCCGGGGCAGCGCUUACAGGGACUGAGAGUUCCCAGGAGCUGGCUGCUUGUCCGAGCUUCCCCAGCAGCCUGGCCCGCCCUGGCCUGCCCAGGGCACUCUGUCCCCCACCCUGUGCUGCCCCAGCUCCCCGAACUGGAAGCUGAGCCCAGAAUCCGGCAAACCAAGGAGGGAAAGCUUGGGAGGCCUUGGCAACGGUGGGAAACGAGCUGCAGGGCGCGGGGUGGGGGCCCCUCAACACAGCUGCUCUGGGUCCAUAAUCCGAGGUGCAGCAGCUCAGCUGCACCAGACAAGGCCAGAAACACGGUCAUCACCAGUAGUGACAGUCGCCGCCAGCUGCCUGUGCCGGCUGCAAGCCUGGGGCAAGGGGGUCCCAGGUACACAAGCCGGGCGCCCUGCAGCUGGACCGCCGGCACCGGGGCUGGGCAGUGUGCAUGCCUUCAAGGUCGCCUUACCACCUGGUCUCUGCUGGGGACAGUGGAACAGGACAGGGCGGGAGUUUUGUAUAAAUAAAGGUCCUUUAUCUCUG